AUGAUAGACAGCUUAAAGGACAAGCUCCACGACACCAAGCUUCACGAUAUCAAGGUGGCCGCAUCAAAUAAGAAGCAUCAGAUUGGUAAAUUUGGAAACGUGUUCAACAGUAAUCACCGCCACGACGAAGAGCACGAGGUGCGCUGCGACGAAAAGAGAACCAAAAUCUGCGAGUCUCACCGAUUCCAGUCGUUUUUCCCGGAGCGAGAUGGCAACCUCGUCAAAUGGUACGUAGACGGACGAGAUUACUUCUGGGCCGUGUCUGUCGCCUUGGAGCAGGCCAAGGAAUCCAUCUACAUUGAAGACUGGUGGCUCUCACCAGAGCUGUUCAUGCGACGGCCGCCUCACGAAAAGCAAGAGUACAGACUGGAUCAGAUUCUGAAGCGAAAGGCCGAGCAAGGAGUCAAAAUCUUCGUCGUCGUUUACAAGGAGGUCGAAGCCGCCCUGACGUGCAAUUCGGAACACACCAAACACGCCCUGCAAGCGCUCUGUCCCGAGGGCACUCCGGGAUUCAACAACAUCAAGAUUAUGCGGCAUCCGGAUCACAAUGUUCUCGAAAAUGCGGCAGACAUGACAAUGUACUGGGCGCACCACGAGAAAUUUGUCGUCAUUGACUAUUCCAUUGCCUUCAUCGGAGGUCUAGAUCUCUGUUUUGGUCGGUGGGACACCCGAAGCCACCCGCUGUCAGACGUUCAUCCAGAUGAUGUGACUGCGGAGAUUUGGCCGGGCCAGGACUUCAACAACAAUCGAGUCAUGGACUUCCAAAAGGUGCAGGACUGGCAGAACAACGAGGUCAGCAAGGCUGAUUAUGGCCGCAUGCCUUGGCACGACGUCUCCAUGGCUGUCAUCGGUCCUUGCGUCCUUGACAUAGCGGAGCAUUUCGUUCUGCGAUGGAAUUUUGUCAAACGGGACAAGUAUAAACGUGACGAGAGGUUUGACUGGAUCAUCCUCGAGGGCCGUGAAGGCGAAGAUGAGGACCUGGUCGGAGUGCAGCGGCCCAAGCACCCGGUGGGAGACUACGUCAAGCAUCCUUUAACCCCCCUGGCCACCAAGAACCUGCCUAACCGGGGGACUGUUCAUGCACAAGUGGUGAGAUCCAGUGCCGACUGGUCCAGUGGAAUCUUGACAGAUCAUUCCAUUCAAAAUGCGUACUCAGAGAUCAUUACCGCUGCGGAGCACUAUGUCUACAUUGAGAACCAAUUCUUCAUCACUGCCACUGGCGAGCAUCAAUUCCCAAUUCACAACACGAUUGGAAGGGCCAUUGUGGAGGCCGUAGUCCGAGCUGGAAAGGAGGGUCGAAAAUUCAAAAUCAUCAUCGUCAUUCCCGCCGUUCCAGGAUUUGCGGGCGACCUUCGAGAUAACGCUGCGUCUGGCACGAGAGCCAUCAUGGAUUACCAGUACAAGUCGAUAUGUCGAGGGGAACACUCCAUCUUUGAACAAAUCAAAGCUCAAGGAGUGGAUCCUACCAAGCACAUAUUCUUCUUCAACUUGAGAUCUUACGACCGUCUGAACAAGACGCCUGCAAUCACCGAAGCAGAGGAGAAGACGGGUAUCAAAUACCAGCAAGUCCAGCGUGUUCUCGCCGAAGACAUUAUGAGUGAAGGCAUCCACGGGACAACAGAUCCCAUUGAGCACGAACGGGAUAACCACAUGGGCCAGGAACACGAGAAAGAAAAGGCUCAUAAUGAAGCUCUGCAAGCAAAGGAGACGUUUGAGAAGGCCAAGCCGCAGGAAGAAGUCAAAACUUCGCCUACGGUUGCACAUUAUGCCAUGGCCGGCCAACCUUCGUUGGAAGAUGAGGUUUGGUCCGAGUCUGAUCCAGCAUCUGAGAUUAAGAACUGGGUGCAGGAGGAGCUUUACGUACAUGCCAAGAUACUCAUUGCCGACGACCGAGUAGUGAUUUGCGGCUCGAGUAACCUGAACGACCGUAGCCAGCAAGGAAACCACGACAGUGAGUUGAGUAUUGUUAUGGAGGACACGAAUCUUAUCCAAACUACCAUGAACGGAAGGCCGUUUGAAGCAGGAUACCACGCAACCACUUUGCGACGGACGCUCUGGCGAGAGCACCUCGGUCUUCUCCCUCCGCAGGAGUUUGAUGCCAACAACGAUAUUAAUGCAAUGCCGCCGAGCGUCGAGCCCAAGAAUAAUGUCUACGACGAUGACGACAGUUGGAAGUUUGUAGAAGAUCCGCUUAGUGACGAGCUGUGGGAUAUGUGGACAAGUCGAGCAGACCGAAACACUGACCUCUUCCGCCAACUGUUCCACGCCGAUCCAGAUAACAACAUCAAAACAUUUGACGAUUACAAUCGUUUCCUUCCACCUACGGGCGUAAAGCCUGGCCACAUUUUCGACCAGUUCAUGCCGCCCGAGGAGGCGAAGAAGAAGCUGGCAGAGAUCAAGGGCCACCUGGUGUGGAUGCCAAUGGACUUUUUGAAGGAUGCGGAAAUGGCUGAGCGGGGUCUUCAGGUGAAUGCUUGGACGGAGAGUGUGUAUACUUGA